CUUGGCCAUCGGCACACGUUGUGUAUCCGGGGUCGUCUUGAAGCAGGCUGGGGGAGAUCCUGAUAAACAGCCGUCAGAGGCCCCUUGCACACGCACACGCACAUUAAAGGCAGGGGACUUGAAAAUGGAUUUGCACGCACACAGGGGAUUGCGAUCAAUAGCCACCAACAUUUAUGGCUUGGAUUGUUAAUGUGAAGGCUGGUCAAAAGAAUGAAAAUGAAAAAUUAAAGGUGUCUGGUGUCAAUUACAUGAAAAGUUAUGCCAUAAUUUACUUACUGGGAUGUAUGCCUACGUGUUCUUGUGUCCAUGUGCAUGUGUGUGCAGACCCAGAUGUACAUGUAGCUAUGUCUCAAAAGCACGGGAAUUUCUUUGUUAAUUUUGUGGACUGUGUCACCCUCACUGGUGAUCAAAGAUGAACGUGAUUAAAGGAAUGGAUGUUUGUCUCACAUUUCUUAAGAUAAGGAUGUCAAGAGAUGCCCGGUUUUGCCAAAUACAUACACAUACAACUACAGAGAGUUGUGUGUAUGGGCGCAUACACACACAGAGGCGAUCAAUCAAACGUGCUCCUUUUCACAUUGAGUAGCGUGCAAUUUGCAAUCUACACUCUAUAGCCAGUAGUAUUUCAGUCUUAAAACCGUGUGGCUGAAGGAUAAACCUCAUUAGGAAAGAAAGAGCAAAAUAAUAUUCGUAAUACUUUGCUGUAGACCUAUUCCCAUUUGUUGAAAAUCAUAUACUUUUAUUUUUGUAAACUUGUGUUAAAAUAUAUAUGCUCACAGGGAACUGCUUAGCCAUGUCAUUCCAGAAAGAAAACGUGUGUAACAUUUAAAAUACUCCUUUUACGUGAUGUUUUGAUUUAUUUUCAUAGUAUGAUUAUGUUUAAAUACCAGUGCAAUUUAGCCUGACCUCUUCCUUCUGCAAGGUAGUAAUGCACACACCAUUUACAGUCUUUUAAACGUUUCAUUGGGAAAUGCAACAGCAAUGUCCACCACGGGUUGUACUAAUGGGAAGAAUUCUGAAAAUCUUCAGGAAAACCUAAGGGUCAUGUGCGUUUUCACAAUAGGAUUGCCACAUUAUUAGAGUAUUAUUAUUAUUUAUUAUUAUUUGCUAAUGCUGGACUAUGUCUUCAGGUAUUGACAAGUAUUAAAUAAACAUUUUGCUUUCAUGAUGCUGUGCGGAAAUACAUAUUUCACAUGAGAACUCGAUUUCUAACAGUAUACCCUGCUUCUAGUUACUGUUGGGCAUAUUUUGCUUGAGGAGGACACAGAUAGAAAGCAGCUAGAGGCUAUCACAAAGAGUCCAGUAAUGUAAAUAUAAUAGGGUCAAGGAAUUGUAUAAUAGGAUCCUUCUGCUAUUUUAAAGUCAGCGAAAUGUGUCUGCAGUAACUAAAAUUUGCCCUAAAUUCUAGUCAGAGGUAUCAGAAUGUAUAACUUCAUCUCCUAAAUGUGCAGGACAAAGAAAUACCAGCCAUCAAUCUGGGGAAAAAAAAUCAUAAUCUGGCUAACACUCUUAUACUAGAAGUUUCGAGGUUGUUUUUUUCUUUUUCCCAUUUUUUUCUUCUUUUUUUCCCUUCUUCUUUCUCUCUUUUUUAAUUUUUUUUUUGUCAACAGAGAUGCAAUGCAGAGUUCUACUAAGUGCUUUUUAAGUUUGUGGGGGUUUUGUUUUAUUUUUUUAAUGGGAGCUGGAGUGUUUCUUGCACGCUAGAAUUUUGUGCAAUUUAUAAUCACUAUGGGCUAAGACUACUUCUUGAAUUUAAUACCCAUGGUAGUUUUAAAAUACUUUUUAGCAGGAGUUUCUGGACACAUACUACAUGCCAUGUUGUUUACUGACCCAUAAUCAAAAUGCAGUGACCUUCUACCCUUUUUUUGCCCCUUGACCCAUGCUGAAUUCAAUGCAGCCUUUAUAAAUUUGCAAAUCCUUGGACGUAAAGGGGAUUUGGUGAGGCUUUGUUCUGAAAGGAUCCUAAAAGUUUGCAUUUUUAAUUAGACAAAGGUAAAGCAACAAACAUUGGGAAACAAGAUCCUCUCUUGCACAUAGGUGAUCACUCUUAAUUUCUACGGUGGGAAACUACAUCUUAAAAAUCGUACCCUGCAAACUGAAAAGCAGUUGCAAACGAAGGAGAUCAGGAGGUUAUGAAUUGCACCAAAUUAGCAAUGUGGUACAAAUCACUUUCAUGACGUAAGGGAUAGCCAGGCCACAAUCUUCCGGCGCUCCUCAUCUCCAAGGACCGUGUGGAUCCUGGUGACCCGGGGAGAGGGGCGAGCCAGCGAUUUGAUCUGGAGCUACAGGCGCAUUCCCUUAUCUCCUUUGCUAUCAGUCAGUUUAAAGGACACCGUAAUUAUGAUGGUGAUAAAACAAUGCCCGCUUAUGUGUGCUGAAUAAAUAAAGAAUGUUUACAGCCCCAGAAUGUUUCAAUUCCAAUUAAAUGCUAUCAAAGAAAAGCUCCUUUUGCUCCCUCCCCCCUCCCUCCCUCUCCCCCACGACUCCCUAUUUACCUUGUUGGUUGUAAUAUGGCCCUAUGAAAUAAACCGGCCUUCCAGAUUGCCAUUAAGGCCACAUCGGGAGGAGGGGGAGGAAGAGAAGGAGAGGGGGUGUGAGACAACAUGCACUCCCGGUCCCACAAUUACUUUGGUUCGCCUGUAUCCUCUCUUUCUUAAAAUAAUUUUGCUAUUAUUUGUUUAUUUUUCAAUUGGCAAAGGCGUGAUGAUGCAGGGGGAAAAGGCACUUAAAGAUCCUGGUCCAACCACCGGCCGAGGGAGUUGGGCUAAAUUAAUCCAGCGCCCUUGGGCACUGGAGGAGGGGGCUGUCCCCCUCACCCCUGGCUACCACCCCACCGGGGCCUCGGGGAAUGGGGUCUCCCCAGCGCUCCUCUUCCCUCUGCAGCAGGGAGCCUUGGAAACGGGAGCCUGGAAAUGCUUCCCACUCACUAAGACACAAGGAUCAUUUCAAAUAUUCAUUGUAUCAGCAAAUCUCGUCGUAAUCAGAUUAAAGCAAGGUUUGGGGAGGAACUGCCCAUGUUUCUGGGUGCAAAAUGCCGACUGGACUACAAAGAGAGCAGAAAAUGGGUUCCUCUCCCCCCCACCUUGGUUGCAUGGGGAGAAAAAAGAAAAACAGUAAUUUUUGCGAAAAGGGGACACUUUAAAAAAUUGUAAUUUUCCCCAUUCCACCCCGGGUAGCAUAUUCCUCUCAGAGGUUGUUUUCCUUUUAAUUUUACGCUUAGCAUUUCUAUAUGAUGCUCUUAUUUACUUGUUUUAAACUACAGAGACUAUUCCCGCUGUGGAAUACACUGAGGUAGAUUUUCUUCAUGCUAAUUUGCUUUUAGCUUAUCUCAGCCGAGGCAACAGCUUUUCUACAUUCAAGCUUUAAAAUGUAUAUUUCAUUGAGUUGUCUGGGGUGAGGUGUUAUAUCCAUUUUGUGGCAGUGAGUGAGGAACUGAGUGCAUUUUCAGGUCUGCUCGAUAGAUGCAGGCCCUUUUCCUUUUGAAAGUUUAGACUUCCAACACCCUCAAUUCUACUGGCAGAAUUAGGAUGGACUUGGAGGGUCCUAAACGUGACCAUUCACUAAGGCGGGGGGCUUGCAACAACGUGCUCGGCAACUUAAUCUUACACUAAAAAGAGCAGUGUGUAAAAGAAUGGAAUACAAACUCUCCCGACAUUUGUAGUCGCUUCCGAAGUGGACCGUGCAUUUUAAAGCUGAUGGGAACGUGUGUGUUUUGGAGCAAAAAGGAGAGAAGGUAAGUGUUUAUCUCUUGUAUCCGCCAGUUCGGGUAGAAACAAUGAAAGAACAAAGGGAACCACUUCUCCGUGUGAACAUUUCCCAUUUUCCUCCUCCGUUUGAGCCUCACUGCGAGGGGCUGGCGAGGGGACUCGCUCCAGCUUUACCUUUGGCGGCGGGUCGGGGGUGCGGGGCACGGGGAGAAAGUUGCGGAGCGGUUCAAGUCACCCCCUGUUCGUCGCCGGAGCCCGCCGCGAGCAGGAGCUGCAGGUUCCAUGGCUCUGGACUCACCGGACAGUCCCCGCGAGCCGCGGCCGGCGGGAGAGGGAUCGGGGCCGGGACCUUUGUGUGCGGGGUCUGCCCGGCCCCGCGCUGCCGGCGACGACGGAGCUCCCCGGUGACUGCCGAGGCGGCGGGAGAGGAAGCGGAGAUGGUCUCCAGCGAGCCGCUGCUGCUGCCGGUGUCACUGGAGGGUGAGUUCUCCAGUAGCAUGAAGGAGAUGAUCGGCGGCUGCUGCGUGUGCUCCGACGAGCGGGGCUGGGCCGAGAACCCGCUCGUCUACUGCGACGGGCACGGCUGCAAUGUCGCAGUGCAUCAAGCUUGCUAUGGAAUUGUUCAAGUACCCACUGGACCAUGGUUUUGCAGAAAGUGUGAAUCUCAGGAAAGAGCAGCCAGAGUGAGAUGUGAAUUAUGCCCUCAUAAGGAUGGUGCUUUAAAGAGAACAGAUAAUGGGGGUUGGGCUCAUGUGGUUUGUGCUCUGUACAUCCCCGAGGUGCAGUUUGCAAAUGUUUCUACAAUGGAGCCUAUCGUGUUGCAGUCUGUUCCUCAUGAUCGUUACAAUAAGACAUGCUAUAUUUGUGAUGAACAAGGCAGAGAAAGUAAAGCAGCCACUGGUGCUUGUAUGACAUGUAAUAAACAUGGAUGUCGACAAGCUUUUCACGUAACGUGUGCACAGUUUGCAGGACUUCUUUGUGAAGAGGAAGGCAAUGGUGCAGAUAACGUCCAAUACUGCGGCUACUGUAAAUACCAUUUUAAUAAACUGAAAAAGAGCAAACGGGGAUCUAAUAGGUCAUAUGAUCAAAGUUUAAGUGAUUCUUCCUCUCACUCUCAGGAUAAACAUCAUGAGAAGGAGAAAAAAAAAUAUAAAGAGAAAGAUAAACACAAGCAAAAAUAUAAGAAGCAGUCGGAGUCCUCACCAUCUUUGGUUCCAUCUCUUACUGUAACUACAGAAAAAACGUACACAAGCACUAGCAACAACUCCAUGUCAGGCUCCUUGAAGCGGUUGGAAGAUACCUCAGCUCGAUUUACAAAUGCAAAUUUCCAGGAAGUUCCUACACAUGUUUCAAGUGGAAAAGAUUCUUCAGAGGCUAGAGGGUCAGAGAGCAAAGGGAAGAAAUCUGCAGGUCACAGCUCAGGUCAGAGGGGAAGAAAGCCUGGUGCUGGAAGAAAUCCAGGAACAACUGUGACUGCAGCUAGCCCUUUUCAGCAAGGAAGCUUUUUGGGUACUCCUGGGAGCAUAAAGUCAUCUUCUGGAAGUUCAGUUCAGUCUCCCCAAGAUUUUUUGAGUUUUACAGACACAGAUCUGCGAAGUGACAGUUUCACAAAUUCUCAACAGGCUUUGUCAACCAAAGAUGUACAUAAAGGAGAGGCUGGGAGCCAAGAGGGAGGAGUCAAUUGUUUCACUUCCUUAAUUGGUCUCCCUUCAUCGUCAGCAGCUGUUCCACAAUCUAAAAACUUUGACAGCUCACCUGGAGACAUAAGUAAUUCAAGCCUUACUUCUACAGCGUACAAACGAGCUCAAACUUCUGGACUAGAAGAAGAAACUGUAACAGAGAAGAAACGGAAAGGAAAUAAGCAAAGUAAACAUGGGCCUGGUAGACCUAAAGGAAAUAAAAGUCAAGAAAGUCUUUCCCAUCUUUCAGUUUCUUCUGCUUCCCCAACUUCAUCUGUGGCAUCUGCUGCAGGAAGUGUGACAAGCUCUGGUCUUCAAAAAUCUCCAACUUUGCUCAGGAAUGGAAGUUUACAAAGUCUUAGUGUUGGUUCAUCUCCAGUGGGUUCAGGUAUUUUUAGCAGCAAUGAUGUAGCAGUAUCAUUUCCAAAUGCAGUAUCUGGCUCAGGAUCUAGCACUCCCGUUUCCAGUUCUCAUUUACCUCAGCAGGCUUCAGGCCACUUGCAGCAAGUGGGAGCUCUAUCACCUUCAACUGCGCCUUCUAUAACUACUGUUGUUGCUGCAACUCAGGCGAACACCCUACCUGGAUCUUCUCUCAGUCUGCCUCCAUCCCACAUGUACGGCAAUAGGCUGAAUCCAAAUUCAGCCAUGGCAGCACUUAUAGCUCAGUCUGAAAACAGCCAAGCAGAUCAAGAUCUCGGAGAUAACAGCCGAAGCCUUGUUGGCAGAGGAGGAUCACCCAGAGGAAGUCUCUCACCACGAUCCCCUGUGAGCAGCUUGCAGAUUCGCUAUGAUCAAUCAGGGAAUGGUUGUGGGGAAAAUUUGCCCCCAGUAGCAGCCAGCAUAGAACAGCUUCUCGAGAGGCAGUGGAGUGAAGGACAACAGUUUUUAUUAGAGCAAGGCACCCCCAGUGACAUUUUAGGAAUGCUUAAAUCAUUACACCAACUUCAAGUUGAAAAUAGGCGGUUGGAAGAACAGAUAAAGAAUCUGACCGCAAAGAAGGAGCGACUGCAGCUUCUCAAUGCACAGCUUUCGGUGCCCUUUCCAACAAUAACUUCAAACCCCAGCCCUUCUCAUCAAGUACAUGCCUUUCCAGUACAAGCACCGCCUAGCACUGAUUCCUUGAACAGCAGUAAAAGCCCUCAUCUGGGAAACAGUUUUUUACCGGACAAUUCUCUUCCUGUAUUAAAUCAGGAGAUAACCUCCAGCGGACAAAGCACCAGCAGUUCAUCAGCGCUUUCCACUCCACCACCUGCUGGGCAGAGUCCGGCCCAGCAAGGCUCGGGAGUCCCCGGAGUUCAGCAGGUCAAUGGUGUGACAGUGGGGGCACUGGCUAGUGGUAUGCAGACUGUAACCUCCACCAUUCCUGCAGUGCCGGCUGUGGGUGGAAUAAUUGGAGCACUGCCAGCCAGCCAGCUGGCAAUCAAUGGAAUUGUAGGGGCUUUAAAUGGGGUAAUUCAGACCCCAGCAACAAUAUCACAGAACCCUUCUCUCACUCAUGCAACCGUGCCACCCAACGCAACACAUCCGCUGCCAACCACGCUAAAUAACAGUGCCUCGGGACUAGGAUUGCUUUCUGACCAACAGAGACAACUAUUACUUCAUCAACAGCACCAGCAAUUUCAGCAAUUACUAAGUACCCAGCAACUCACAUCAGAACAGCAUCAGGCCCUUUUGUAUCAAUUAGUACAGCAACAACAUCACCAUCACCAACACCAUCAGUCUGAAGUACAGCAAUUGCAGAUUACUGGAGGAGCACAGAUACCCAUAAACAACUUACUUUCAGGCACACAGGCCUCACCACUUAAUGCAGCUGGUACCAACCCAUUCCUUUCAAUGCAUGGAGAUACUGCAGCUCAGAAGGUGACAUAUUUUCUCUUACACAGAGGCUCAAUGAUAAAACUGGACCAGUUGCGUCAGAGAAGAGUUGACAUUUGAAUGACACUUGAGCCCUGCACGUCCUGCUGUUCUAGCACUUCAUGUGGCUGCAAACCCUGGGUUCCCUUUCUGCAGAUUGAAAAAGAGCAACAAGGAACUCUUACUGCACAGCAAGAGGUUAAUAAUUUUCGUAAGGAUAUUUUUGGUAGGCUUUCAUUUGCUUUCUUGUUGCACUAAAAUGGAUACACUUUUUAAUGUCUCAGACUGUGAAGUAGAUAAAACCCUGCAAAUCAUAAUUAUUUUGUCAGUGUGAUGGUACUAAGUACAAAUUCAGCAAUGGAAGAACAUACACUUUACUCUUCAGUCCUAAUCUCACAGAUUUAAAGGCUAUGAACUGUUUGCAGUGAUGCAUUGCUUUGGUUUCAGAGCAGUAGUUUUACCAGUCCAACCCCAGCCCAUCUGAACUGCUGCUGCAGUUAGAAUGGAUCCUUUUAGACACAGCUUGUAAUGGCAGCUGGGACUUGCUGUUCGUUGUUUCUUUUUUACACACCUGUUUUGGAACCUAACUCAUAAGGGAGUUGACUUCUGAACUUUUUAUUCCUUUAAAUUCCUAUUGUUGUACAGUCGGAGUUUUUCUUGAAUAAGAAUUAUGGUAUGGAAUCCAAAGUUUAUUAAUUUUGGUGUAGGUUUUAGAGUUUUGAGGUUUUUAAAGGAACCAGUUUGGUUCCAGUGACAAAGUUUUCUUACCAGAUGAGAAGGCCACACUGGAAGAAGUUUGUGUAGUGUUUGGCCUAAACCAAGUGCCUGUUGCUACCUCCAUUUUGUUGAAAUGGCUGCAAACAGCUGAUCAUGCACUAGACGUGUCCUUGUUAGCAGCGGGAAUACUCUGUCUUGCACCAGCAGCCUUGUUCUGCCUUUCCUAGAGGUGUUUAUACCACUGUAGAGAGCUCAGGCAGAUUGUUACCUGGGUCACUUUUCACUAAUAAAUUACCAAAAAAGUGAGUUACCAUUUCCCACUAAAAUUUCCCAGUGGGUGAAACGGGUGAACUUGUGUUACAACACUUUGGGCAGUUGCUGAUCUCGUGGUGAGUCUAUGCAGGGUGGUGAAGGACAGUUUAAAUGGGGGUAAUGACCACUAAUCAAGAGUGAGGUGGGAAUUAUUAGCAGAAAAGACCCAGCUGUAAUUAGACCUCCACUGUGUACUUAUUUGGAAGAACAUGUUAAUUCUGCAAUAUGUUUCUUAGUCAAACAUUGCACAGUUCUUACCUCAUUUCUGUAAAUAAAGUUUUGUGAAUCUGUUUUGUAUUGUGAAGAAUUCAUAAGAAAACAUUGAUAUUUUGAUUUGUAAUAUUUCUAAUUAGUAGAUUUAAUUGAAAAAGUAAAAAAUAAUUUAUUUUUAUAUGUUCUGGGGAAUUUUUUAAAAAUGUCACAAAUCACUUUUGUAGAUACUUUACAAAAGUAAACCAGUGGUUUAUUUUACUUACUCGCCCCACUGGUGGAUAUUCUGUAACAAUUUGUACAAAAGGUAAGAUGGAAAUGUGCUGUUAUUUUGACUAGAUGUAAAAUUCCAAGUGUAUGAAAAGAUAUGUACAAAGCUUUUGUUAAUAAACUUUAAUAAUGUUUAUCAUUGUA